CUAACUGAUAUGUGCCACUCAGAAAUCCGCCUGAGCUUUCCCUUUAUUUCAAACCCGCCGACGUGAGAGAUCUUCGACCGUGAACACAGACUACAAACGUCCUCGGCAGCAGACAGACAACACAAAAGCUUCUCGGUCCUUCUGACGAUCCACUCAUCGCAUCUUUGCCACACGCCAGCCGAUCCCUCACACACCGGGACGACGGCCGCACUGCUCAUGUCUGAGUUAGCCCAUCUGAUCGCAUGACCGAGUGGAAUUUACCUCUUGGUCAUUUCUCGCGAUCAUGCUACCGUCCCCUAGACGUGCCAAUCAGCCUGGAUCUGGAUCCUUUCCCAGGAUAGUGGAACCCGUCGACGAUGAUGAUGAUGAUGACGACGGCUGGCAGGAUAUGCCCGUGGUACGGUCCGAGGAUCUAGUGACAGGACAUGAAGGGGACACGGAUGAUCCUCGAGCAGCUCCGUAUCGACCUCCUCCUCAACUCUUAGGACUAGGUGAUGAGACUUCAGCGGCAGGUCCUUCCAACGCGACUGGAACCCACCUCGAGCUCGAUGCCGACACCCUCUUGACGGAUUCCUGGAGACAGAAAGCUGCGCUCGACGAGUCAGACUACACUAGAAUUCGCCUGGACGAAGAUGAAGAAUCUGAACAAGUCCAUAUGCGUACCAGAUUCCUAUUUGACGAGGAUAAAGCCAUGACACCGUUGAGUCAGAUGCAAGCUACGAAGGAGCUCUUGACGGAAGGUCAGAGGAUAGCCUACGUUGGACUAUGCUUUCUAGUGGCUAAACGGAUGGUGAAGGAUGCAGGCAGAGGAUGGGAGGGACAACAUGCUAAAGCGGCAAGUCGAUGGACGAGCGGAGGAACAACAACGAAAGGGAAGGGAAAGGGAGAUGUACCCGUCGUGGAAAGCGCCAAUCUGUGGUUGAUAAAGAUCAUGGCGAGGUUGUUCCAGCACAUGGAGUUGGACCCGGCGGAACAACGCAUGAUUGAAUCCCUGCUUGAACACGGUGUCGAUUCUCAGGAUCUCGUCCCGGCUUUGACCACGACCCACACCGUCAAGAAUCCCGAAUUCGACCCGCUAGCUAAGAAACAAGCUGAAGAGGAUGAAAAGGCUGAAGAAUUCAAGAGGGAAGAGGAGGAACGGGAUCAACCUCCGCCACCGCCAUACGAAGCUCCUGUCGAGUCCCAUCCAGUACCAGCUCCUUCACCAUCGCCACGGCCUACGAUGCCAAGGCAAAACUCUCUCAAGCCGUUCGGAGACGACAGCGAUGACGAUAUAGGCCAUGUGAUGCCUGAACGCACUCGCUCCACAUCAGAUCCUUUCUCACUCGAUUCUCCUCCCGUCGCUUCCUCCUCCAGCAGACGACCGACAAUGCUCAAACUCCCGUCCUACAAUGAAGAUGAUGAUGGUGGGGAUCUUGGGAAUCUCGGCUCGCCUCGAAGCGCGCAACCGCCACCAGCGUCCCCAAUGCACUUGGAGACUCCAUCCAAAUCGCAAAAUUCGCCACCCCCCACCCAACACCUUUCGUCUUCCGCCGAGAAGAGUUCCAAAGAACACACAAUAUCUCCGCUCGAGGCCGACGACGCAAAUGACGUCGAGACGGAUCCCACAGAUCUCUCCAAACCCUCGGGACUGCCUUCAUUGCCUGGCGUCUCGACAUCAUUGACGAAUGCCGAUGAACAUGUCACGUUGGAUAUCCGUUGGACAGUGCUAUGCGACCUGUUCCUGGUCUUGAUCGCCGACUCGGUCUUUGACGCCCGUUCACGAGUGUUCUUACAACGCGUUGCCGAAGCUCUCGGCUUUGAGUGGCUCGACGUGGUGCGCUUUGAGAAUCGGGUAACGGAUGCUUUGGAGAUCGAGGAGAAUCUGGAAAAGACAGAACAGGGUGACAUUAUCGAAGGUAGACGGAAGGGUGCUUUACGGAAACGAUACGCUAUGAUGGGGGCCGCCGCAGUCGGCGGUGGACUGAUCAUCGGAUUGAGUGCCGGGUUGCUUGCCCCUGUCAUUGGCGCUGGGCUUGGAGCUGCUUUUGCGACUGUCGGUAUCACCGGCACGACGGGAUUCUUGGCCGGAGCAGGAGGUGCAGCGAUGAUCACAACGGGAGGUAUCGUCACUGGUGCGAAUAUCGCUGGAAGAGGCAUGGCCAGGCGCACGAGAGAAGUCAGGACAUUCGAGCUCAGACCGUUGCACAACAAUCGCCGUGUCAGCUGUAUCAUCACGGUCGGAGGGUUCAUGGCUAGCAAAGUCGACGAUGUACGAUUACCUUUUUCCGUUCUUGAUCCCGUCACUGGCGAUGUGUUGUCGGUACUUUGGGAACCGGAGAUGAUGAACGAAAUGGGUAAUGCUCUCAAGAUCCUGACAUCAGAGAUCUUGACCCAAGUCGGUCAACAAGUCUUGCAGGCGACUGUCAUGUACGGUCUAAUGUCGGCGUUGCAGUGGCCGAUGAUCCUCACCAAACUCGGUUACCUCAUCGACAAUCCUUGGUCGAACGCAUUGGAUCGUGCUCGAGCUGCGGGCCUGAUUUUGGCCGAUGUCAUCAUUAAUCGUCAUGCCGGUGUGAGACCUAUCAAUCUCAUCGGAUUCUCACUGGGCGCUCGAGUCAUCUUUUACGCCCUGGUGGAGCUCGCUCGAGCCAAGGCUUUUGGGCUGGUGCAAGAUGUCUUCAUCUUUGGCGCGACAUUGACUGCAUCUCGACAGACUUGGCUGGAUGUCCGGUCGGUCGUCGCGGGGAGAUUCGUCAAUGGAUACGCGACCAACGAUUGGAUGCUGGGAUACCUGUUCAGAGCAACAUCUGGAGGUCUGAAUACAGUCGCCGGUUUACGACCGGUCGAAGUGACUCCCGGGAUGGAGAACGUCGAUGUGACGGAUAUCAUUUUCGGUCACAUGAGUUAUCGAUCGUGUAUGCCUCAGCUGUUGGCUCGGGUGGGAUUCCCCGUCACGGCAGAUCACUUUGAUGAGCCUGAUGAUCCCGAGAUUGACAUGACGAUUCAAGAGCGGACGAUUGUCAAUGAAAUGGAUGAGACUCAAAAGAAAAAGAAGAAGAUUCUGGGAAUAUUCCCUCGGCGAGGCGGAGCUCAACAAUCCUUAUCUGGCACGAGUACGCCUCAUGCUGCUGGAGGGCUGUCAGAGCCAGUCCGAGUUGCGCAUUCAGCAGAUGAUGAAGAUCUUCCACCACGGGAGGACAAUGACGAAGAUGAUCUGCCUCCAAGAGAGGAUGACACUGGUGAUCUCGGUGUUCCAGAGACACAGACUGGCUCUCGAGAUGCCGAGAGACAACGUGCCAAGAUGGAGGCAGAGGAAGCGGCUGCCAUCAGGUCAAUACCGAAAACAGCAGGCUUCGACUUUGCUGCCAUUUCGAAAGAGCUCGGCAAAGACAUCAACGUGGAAUCAUUGCCCGAUGCCUCUCGGCAAGAACCUCGAUCGCCGAUCCCACCUCAGCCUACUCCGCCUAUCGACCGCGCUGGAUCUGCCCCUCCCCCAGCAGACUUUUCAUCGAGAGCUCAACAGCCAUACUCCCCCAAUGUCUCUGCAACGCCAUCGCCACCACCACUUGUCGGCCGAAGUUCAUCUUACAUGUCGACUCCGUUGGACAACCACGAUGAAAUCACCAAGAGCUUGGCGAGCGUCACGGGUGGUCUAUCUCUUGAUGAUCUACCUUCUUGGGAACGACCUAUGCCUAGGGAGACUUCUCCAUGGGGCGGCGACAAGGGCAUGAGUUCCCCGCCUGUGAGAGCUUCUGCGUCUUCCAUUUUCGGAUUCAACGCUUGGUCAGGAGGUGGUGGAGGUCAUUUGACGACCCCUUUGGAUAACGGACCAGUCUCAGGACUACCAUUACGUGCUGCUCCUCCUGCUAGACCUCAUCCUGUGGGACUUGUCGCUCCCGCCUCAGGAAGGGGAUAUUCAAAGAAGGAGGAAGAGUUGGCGGACGGCACGGAGAAUCCAUGGUAGUGUAGCAUCCGCAUACGGUUGCAUCGAGGCUGUUGAAGACAUUGUCACACAUUGGCCGCCUCUCGCUGGCCAUUCAUUCACUCAUCCAGCCUGUCUGUCUGUUUCUCAGCCUCGUCUCAAUUGUAGGCUGGGCAGAGAUGGGUGCCAAGCAGAAUCGCCUUGGCCCUAUUGACAUCAAUAACAAAUCUUGACAGAAGCUUGCUGCAGUGAUGGUGUCAGUGAUCCUAUCAGAUGUGCUCGAAACUCUCGGCCGCUAGACAAUCGAGAUCUGCUUGCGUAGAACUAUUCUCACAGAACCAAUAUGUUGCCGGCCUCAAAUCUUGAGAUGAUCAUGAUCAGAUUGAUUGCAUCUGCUGCCGAG